CGUUCGAGCUAUUGAAAAUGCGCGCGAAGUAGCUAAAUCGGUCUCCGUUCGUUGCCGAGUAUCAUGGAGUACGUGACGUCAUUGGAAGAUAAGAGUUUCAUUAUCUCGGUUGCGCGUUGCGAGGGGAAUCGGCACGCGUAACAAUUUCCUACGAUACUUUCAGACUUCCACCGGCUGGCUACUUGCGGCCGACUCGUUGCCACGCGUGCAUCGAUCUUACCGAAUGUUGAAUGCCGAUAUCAACAGCGCCAUAUCUGUCUCUUAUUUGUCACGCAUUUCGUAUCCAUAGGCUGCGAGAUAGCCGGGAAUCUUCGACUGUUCAUCGUCGAUCGUAGUUAUCGUUGUUGUUCGUGUGACGAUCGUUCUUAGAAUAACAAUCUCGUCGAACCUAUCCAGAAGUGUUGUUUUCAGUUAUUGUAUCAGAAUCAGAAUUGUGGAAACUGAGUCAUCCAAAUCGGACUAUAUAGUGCAUCUGCCACGAUAUUCCCACAAUUAUCCGCUACACGUGCUUCGAUUCUACAAGAUUCGUACGUUAUUGGCGACGUACGAGGAAAAUUAUCGUGCAUGUAAGUUGUUCGAUAAGUAUAGAGGAAAGACGGCGGCCAUUAUCGUGGAUUAAAAACGUAGACAGCCAGUUUGAACUUUAAUUGCUCAGUUUGAUAAUAAUCGCUGUAAAAGCUGGUGACGAUAUUGUUUGGAGGAUGAAGUCCCACGAGGUUUGGGAGCGAAGCUUCGCCUUCAUCGAAAAGGAAUUGCUGCCGGAAAUGGUUCACGAUCGUUGCUUCUGCGAGCCGAAUUCCAGGGAAUUCGUCGAGUUCGACUCGGCAACGAUUCGUCUCGACGAGCUGAGUCGAAGCAGCGAGAUUUAUCGCGUGACGAUCGUGGUCAAGUUCUCCGGCGAGCCACGCAGCUUCCCGCUGUUGCUGAAACUGCUUCCCGAGGAAGAGGCAGAGCACAAGAGUCCGACAGCGUCUAACGCUUACCAAAACGAAGAAAUGUUUUACUCGAAGAUGACGCUCAAGUAUGGAACCGAUUUGGUUCCAAAGUGUUACCUGUCGGAUUUAGGUCGUUACGGAAGACCGGUGAUCGUUCUCGAGGAUUUGGAGGAAGCUGGUUACACGCAGGUGGACGGUGAAUUGGACGAGGAACACUUGAAAUUGUGCGUGCAAGUUCUGGCCAAGUUUCACGCCAGAGGCUUGAGAUUGAGAGCGACGGAACCGCAGGUCUUCAGGGAAUUCGAGGCGAAAUUGCUUGAAAUUUCUCUCACGGAAGAGACUAUGUCGCAUUACGAGAAGAGAUCGACUAGAAUGCUGGAUAUUCUGGAGACGAUGCCGAACUCUGGUUUCGUAGAGAGGAUAAAACACAGAUUAAACAAGAGACCAAUGGAAAUAGUGAAAGCCAUCGCGACAGGGGUGAACGACGUCUCUACAAUAUGCCACGGCCAUUUUUCACACGAUAAUCUACUGUUCAAAUACCAGAACGGGAAACCGAUCGACGCGAAGAUGAUCGACUGGCAAACAAUGAGAUAUUGUUCGCCGGCUGUCGAUCUCGGGCCCAUUCUACUGUAUAACGUGACACAUGAAAAUGGGCCGUCGGAGGUGCAGAAAAUUUUGACGCUGUACAUCGACACCGUGAGAUCUGAAUAUCCAGAGGUAGACAGUGAACGUUUGAGAGAAGACGUCGUCGACAAGUUCCUCUUUGCUUGCGUCGUACUGUCAAUUUUAGAUCACAUUACCGACGACGAACUUACUCGAGUUUUGUUAUUGCUAGAACAGUUGGACAAUUUCGAUUAAACGCCGAAAUAGUUUUCUUAAUCCACCAGCCACAGGUUUUGUAAAAAUCACCUUUCACUUGGUAUUAUUAGGCUGUUGAUAUUUAUGGAAAUGAAAGUAUUUUAGCAACAAUAAGGAGAUAGGUUUCAUAUUUUAAAGUUUAUUAUUACGAACGUCGGUAGAAAAUGAAACUACUCGCUCGAACUUGAUUUUUGCUCGCUCUUUGUUGGUUUAAUCAGGUUACUGAAAAGUGCAGCUGCCUUCUUGUUACGUUAUUCGAGCGUUGGGAACCAACGUUUCCCAUUGAAACGAGUGCCUUUCACUGAUUAAUCAUUAAAACAUCAGAAGACGUCAUUUUAGCCUAUUUUGUUAUGUACAUAAAUAUGUUAUCACGUGUUCUAACUAGGCCAUAUGCAAUAUUGCGUAAAAUUCUUACAUCAUCUAGGUUACUGGUUUUAUGAUGGCAACUAAAUAUACUUGUAGGAAAAUUUCCACGCGAUCUUAUAUAAAAAUGAAACUUUAGAUAUUUUCUUCGUGGUGCUGUUCGUUUAUAAUUUCUUCCGAUUCGAAAAUUCCUUGCAAUUAUCCGUAUGGAUCGUUUAAAAUGUACUAGAAGAGGAAGCAAUUUAGACGGACGAUGAGUUUUGCAACGAUAUUAAAUAGAAUUAACGGAAUUAUAGCAGGUAAAUAAGUGCGUUUAAAAAUGAUUCGAGAUAACAAACGAAGGUCCGAUAAAAUACCAAUUAUCUGAAAUUGAUUGAUACUUUCUGUGACGACUGCUAUUUAUUGGAUAUAAUGUUUCCUAUAUGGCCAAAGACUGUUAUACGGACGAAUAGAUCGAGUUUAGUAGAAGAAAUCGCUUGUGGCUGGAGGUUUAAUGUCUUUCUAUCUUUAGCGCGCCAUAUUUUCUUUUGCUUCCUUUUAAUAGAUCUUCUUUUUUGAUAAAAGACGUUUUGUAACAAACGAAUAUUUUAGUUACAAAUGCGGCUAAUAAAACCAAUUGUUCUUUUCAAUUCACUAUAUCGAUGAAUUUAAGAUUGUGCGGCUUGUUACCGAUAAUUUGCAAGGAAAGUGAUUGCAUACUUGCAAUUUUAGACUCAGAGAUAAUGACGAUAUUUCUAAUAUAGUAUCAGUAUGAAUUACGCAGAAAACAAUAUCUUUAAGACUCCUGAGUCAUUGGUCCGGAUAAUGAUAAUUCGUAGAUAGUGAUUGUUUUGAAUUUAUAAAAUCAUUAACUUCUGUCUUUGAUCUCAUAAUUUAUCAUAAUUUAAUACGCAUAAUCGCGGUAAAAUUCAAUUCACGGUGUGAGACUUUAUGGAUGUAUCAUUUACAUAUCGACUUUAUCGUUUCUCUGAUUGAGUCGUUCCUUUCGUUGUUUUCUUUUUCUUGUUUUUUUUUUUUUUGUAUUUUAUAAAGAUAAUAAAUCAGCCAUUGAUUUGAAAAGUAAGAUAUCUCCUUUGUUACCGAUUUUUACGAUAACCGUAGCAACGUAAAAAGACUAUUAACACGAUUCUUCAUCAAUUCCCCACUGUCCUUCCUCCCUCCUAAAAAGCAAGCAUUUCAUUGAAAACAGUGGAAAUUCUGUCGCAGCGAUAACACCCGACAGUUACACGCCAAACUUUUCAUACUUUACCGAACAUUGAAUAUUUUCGAAAUUAUUAUUUAUAUUUGUGACAUUUCCUCUUUUCGUAGUGAUAAUAUUUUUAAAAAUGCUUAUGAAUUUCGGCUAUUUCGCGCAUGGCUAUCAGGGUCUUUGCCAUAGCGGCUAUUGCCCCUAGCUGCUUUGACAACGUUCAAAUGCAUUCGAGUCAUUGAAUUUGAUUUUUCAGCGCGUAUAACCGAACGAUGCUUUGAUUCCCUCGUUUCAUCGAUGCUGGAAGAUUAAAAUGUAGAUCACAGGAACCACCCUCUCGUUUCGUUCCUCUCCCCUUCUCUUUCGCUCUUCUGCCCUCUGUGUGCACUCCAUCUACCCGCAGCUGUUACGACACACGGAACCGUAUCGGCGUUGUUCUGUGAAAUGUAACAUUACUUUCGCCCCGAAUAAUGUUGCGGAUGAAAAAUGUACUUCGACCUCGCUCUGUUUCGGACACGGAUUUAUGUACUUACAUACACCGAGCACCGCGCUCGCCACAUUCGUUAUCCAGGAUCAAACGUUCCGUUUCCACUUUUUUUUUUCGCCUUUCAUGCAUCGUUUCAGACUUAUGUACAGCUUUUGCGAUCGAUAUCGAUGGUUUACGGUGGUUUGCGAACCGAAUUCUAUCUAUUUUAACGAUAUCGCGAUCGAAAUCAAUUAACAAUGUGAAAAUAUCAAGGAUUUGGAUGGAAAAAAGAAGGCUGUAAUUAGCCCGCGGAUAUUUAUGCAAAUUUAUACCUUUACGAGCACAGCUGUGAAAGUAGAACCUGAGCAGAAAUUUGUUUCGCUCGCUUGAUAUCCUAACGGAUCUUCGUAUUUUUAAUAUUCAAUACGUCGUCGUCUACUAUGUGUAUUCCGUGUGUUUCUAUACUUUCACGUUUGUCAUAAAUACAUAAGUAUUCGCAGUCUAUCUACAGCGCAGAGUAGCACUUGAAUUUUUUGAACACCUUUUACUCCAAUUUUCGUUAUGUUAUUGAAACAUCCUUUUUGUUUUUUAAUUAUUCGAUUAUCCGAACAAUAAUAUGAAAUCUAUAUCACAGAGUGGUUUGAAGAUAAGACGAUAAGACGAGCGAUGUAAGCGGCAAAGAAUAAAUCGUUAGAAGAAUUAAAGGGACUGUCUCCGUGAACAGCGUUUAGAAACAUUCGUAGCAACGGAAACAGUUAUUAGAUAGUACGAAACGCGAAAGAAAUCUAAUCCCGCGGAGAUAUUAAGUUCGAGAAAGAUUUAUAAUCUUACGUCGAAAGAUCGAUCAACGAGAUAAGAGGAAAGAUUAGAAAGCAAAAAAAAAAAAAAAAAAGAAAAUGACCGAGAUAUACACAUUUAAUAACGUGCAAUAAAUGAUCAUUUUCUAUAUGAAACGCACGUUAUAAUUUCAGUUUGAAAAAUUCUAUUAUUCGGUUUUUCUGUAAUUAAUUAAUUCGGAUAAUCGAUAAUGUAUUUUCAAGCGUAAUUUCGAUUACCUGAUUUUCCUCGUACAACCCAACCUUCCCCCGUUAAUCGAAUAUCGUCACGAUCAAUCAUCACGUUUAUCUUUCUUGAUAAAUUUCUGAAGACAGUAAAACGUUCACAGGUGAAUAUAGGUUAACCAUAUUUCGAAAUAUUGGUAGCAUACUAACUCUUGGACGCUGUAAUACAUCGAUGGAGAAUGAGGAAUUCAGAAUGAUCGAUUUAGAAUAUAAUUGUCUUCAAGAUUUUCCGUAUUUUUUAGUAUCAUACAUAAAAAAAAUUCAUAGUUAUAACUUUUUAUGGAAAAUCAAUAUUAACAAUUACGUUCCGUACGAUGAUAUUAAAAAAGAUGUGUAAUAUCAUAAUAUAAUAUAUAUGUAUAUAACGAU